AGAAAAUUCCUCAAAAAAUGUUCAUUGUCUCCAAACAAACCACCACCGAAUACGGCACCGGAUGCUUCGCCGCUCCAUCCUCAUCCUGCCAAAGCGAGUACAACCCGAAGGUCGAAAACGAUGCUGUCGCCCAUAACUCUAUCUCGGGGCUCCGUGGAUCCUUGCGCCGGAACUCUUCGAACCUCUCAAGCCAGCUUACGGCUCUUCAGGAGACUUGCCUCGCCGACGCUGCUCAGAUCGAAAUCAACUGCUCCACAUCGAACGCCAAGCAGGCAUUCUUCGUGAAGAUCGAGGUGCCCACUGGAGAGCAGGGUGUCCUCCACUUCUCGCCUUCCUCCGGCGACAUCUCUCAAGUCUUCACUCCGAUCCAGAACGGAUGUGGCCAUGGAGUAUGGAAAUUUGUUGUCUGCACUAUGGAGAAUGGAAGUGAAAUCGCCCAUUCGCAAGUGUCCCGCAACCUUGACGGCGUCGGAAUCCUCUUCUUCAACGUCUACGAAGACUUGGAAAUUCGUCUCGCUCAGCAAGAAUUCCUCCACAUCAGCCACUGCCAUACCCGCAGGCACUAGUGGCUCGGAAAACAAAAAUUUUCCUAUAUUUUCUGUACAUUUUCGCCCCGUCCCCUAACAUUUCUCACAUUUCCUUGUUGAAAAAAUACCCUUGUCAUUCCAUUCCACAUCGAUUCGAUUUUUAAGCCGAUACCUCGGGAGCCUUUUUCUCGGGUACCAACCAUUUUUUUUUUAAUUGAAAAAAACUCCACCGUUGUUCAUAAUAAACCCUUUAAUUUGUUUG